AAUCUAAACAAAUCUUGAUUAUAUUUAAUUUAUGAUUUAAACUCAAGCCCAUCUUCCCAAAGAAUGGAUCGAUUUCUUAGAAAAAAUCAAAAACUUAGACCCUAUUGAUAUAGAAACAGUAACAUAAUAUGUAAAAGUGCGUGUCAACCACUUUCCAACUGAUUAAUAAAUGACAGAAUACUAUGAAGAAGUAUUUUCAAAGUAAUAUAUUGAUAUUAAUUUAUUAGAUCCACUAGCGAUGUAAACAGAAAAAAAUGGCAUUAACAAGACAAAAAUUUACUUAUAUGGUGUAUGACAAAGCAUCUAAUGUCAUAGAAUCGCUCAGAACUUAUUCCUGUAAUAGUUAUAUAUAUUAUUUAAGAAUGAUAAUGAUUGGGAUUAUGUAUCAAAAAUUCUGGGUGUUGAUAAAAAUUUAGUUGAAUUAAAAUGGAUAUCUCUUCUUCAUUCUAAUUUAAAAAUUAGUCCCUGGUCUAAAGAAGAAGAUUAAAUACUGAUUAACAUUGCAAAGUAUCCUUUUAUAUUUAUAAUUAAGUGACCAUUAUUAUAAAAAUAAUUGGACUGAAUUGACUAUUUAAUUCAAUUCUAUAUCUUCCACAUAGAGAUAUCCAAAAUAAAUAAGAGAACGUUGGAAUAAUGUGCUGAAUCCAAAUAUUUCUAGAUCUACCUGGACUAAAGAAGAAAAAAUUUAAUUACUUCAAUUGAUUUUGAAUUAUGGUAAAAAAUGGUCCAAAAUCUAAGGUGAAUUAAAUGGAAGAAGUGAAAAUUAAAUUAAAAAUUAAUACAAUGGAAUUAUAAGAAAUUUAAAAAGAUUUAAUGUAAUUAUUUAUAUCUAAUCAGUAGGUUUAAGAAAGUGAAGAAAGAUUAUUGAUCAAAGCUAUAAUAGAAAAUCCAGAUUAGAAAUUAAGUUUGACAGUUACAUAAUUCAUGUCAGACUUCUUAGCCAAAAAAGAAUCAUCAAAAAUUAUAGAACCUCCAUAAAUUAAUUAAAUCACUGAAUCAUAAAUCCAAAAGAAACCCUAUAUUGAUACAUCUUCUUUAGAAACUGGAAUUACUGCAACAAGUACUAUUAAUAUUUAUAAAAGAUAUUUUAUUAUAAGAAAAAUUGAAUUAAUGUAAAGAGGUUUAAUAGUAGAUGAUUUAAACAUCAAUUUAAUAAAACUAAUAUUUUCCUACUCCUUAAUAAUAACACUAUUCAUCUACACCAUUACAAUAUAAUCAGUAUUAUUAUAAUAAUAAUAAUACUUAUUAUCCAAAUUAUCAUUAAUAAAAUUAACAAUACUCAAACUACCCUAAUUACAAUUAAGUAUAAUUGUAACCGUCAUAUUAGUAAUAUCAUUAUGGGUAUUAUUAAUGA